AUGUACGAUGGCCCUAGUGGCCGAUCUCCCAGCCAGAGCCAGAGCCAGAGCCACAGAACGCUGCUGACGCUGACGGGGAGGGGUGCCUUGCGCUCUAGAAGUCUCAAUGGAACUCCCAAGUCGGAGGCUUAUUUCCAUCCGGGCCAGCUGGCUGCCAUGGUUCGCCCAAAGCUUCUCUCUCCCCAGCAGGACCCGCCGCUGAUACGCAUGAAAGAUCUCAGACCCCCUUGUUGCGUGCUUGCUCUGCUGCCGCCCUCUGCUCCCUCCUCUAUUCCCCUCCUUGCCUCGUCAUCUCUUGGUUUUCUCUCGGCAUCUGACCAGUGUCACCCUUUUGCAUCGUCCACGCUCGACCAAGCUCCUGGGCACUCUUGCCGUCCGUCGAUCCUGCUGCACCUGGGCCGGCGCUUCAUACACUAUGAGCGACUCGCAGUAACGAACCGGACGUGCCCUUAUAUUUCACUGAUAGAGAAACAUCUCCUGCAAGGCACGCCUCACAUCAUCACCUGGGACCCACUGCCACCACUACUACCCGCACCACCAUCCGGCAAGCCAAGAGGGAGGGACAAUAUUGAUGAAUCGGGGAGUUUUGGCCUUGGGUCCUCGCGAGAGCACAGUAGACCGGAAGGACUUCGUGUCUAUUCUAUGGCGGCGGUGGCCGGGCGGCAGGGUCAAGAUGUCUCACACCCGAGCUCGCCUGCGCUGCGGCGCCGGGUGUCGAUGGAGGAGGACUACUUCUACCAGGAGAUCGUGACCAUCCCGGCGGCGCAGCGGCGGCUCUCGCAGCCACCCGAGUACUCGCCGCCCAUGGUCGGGCUCGACAAGCACGGCGAGCUGGUCAUGAUCAUGGAAGGGGGCGGCGGCGGCGGCGACGCCGGCUCCGAGCCGCUGCCGCAGUACUCGUGCGACGUGCAGCUCGAGGGUGUCUUCAACAUGAAGAUGGAGAUCGUCGACACCAUCAAGCGUGCCCCGGCCCGCAACUGGCGCGCCGUCUUCGUCCAGCUCCAGGGCACCAAGCUCAGCGUCUACGGCAUCAAGAAGGACUGGGGCCUGGGCAAGACGGGCAAGCAGGGCGCCACCAGCCAGGCCGACAACCCGCCCUGGAUCCGCAAGGGCACGCUCGAGAAGACGUACACGCUGCUGCAUGCCGAUGUGGGGAUUGCGGCGGAUUAUCAGAAGCGAAGAUAUGUCAUCCGCGUCCGCGCAGAGACUGAUCAGUUCCUGCUCUCGUGCAUCGAGCUCGAGACCUUUGUCCAGUGGCUGGACGUCUUAUUCGCGGCCAUCAACAUCGCACCCGCCUUGGACGAGCGCGACUUCCCGCGUGACCAGAGCAUCCCCCGGCGCGCGAGGCUACAGUAUUUCAGGGACGCCGUCGGCGUCCCCCGUCAUACCAGCAGUAGAGGCUCCGACGCCGCGCCCAGGCCGGCGCCAGUCGUUCACCACUCGGCCGUGACGCCGCGGGUGCCGGUGCGGCAGACGAGCCAGAGGCAGCAGCAGACUACACGGGAGUCUACUUCGUCUCGUAACGAGCGGGACGAGCCGCCCAGGGCGACGGCGAGGACACCGCCCGCUUCCUCCUCGUCGCCGGGUGCUCCUCGUCUUCCCUCAUCACAGGAGACGCCAGGCGGGCCGUCACCGCUGGAUCCGCUGCCGUCGCGGCUGUCGACCACGUCGUACCCGAACGAGGCGGUGGCGGCGGACACGGGCAAGUGGCGGCCGCGGCACGAGUGGACGACGGCGCACGACAUGGUCUACGCCAAGCUGUGCUACUCGGUGCUGCUGUUCCGCAGCCCGCGCAAGUCCAACUAUGUCAUCGCCAAGGGCAAGAAGUGGUUCGUCGACUGGACCACGGGCCGCAUGAUCCGCGUCCUGCCGCCCGGCUACUUCGAGCACGAGGUCGUCGGGCCCUGGCAGGUCUGGGGCAACGAGAACAGGAGGAUCUGA